UUCUUGCUUGUCAAAAUAAGGGCCUGUGCUGAAGAAAUUUGUCUUCUUUUUAUUUUUUGAGCAUCUUCGGCCUGUGUAUUUUCUUCAAAAUCAUGUCGAUCGCGAGUAAUUUACGUAAUGCAAUCCUUCGAAAGCCCCUAUGCAUCGAUUCAAAUAAAAUCCUCACAAACUUAUGCGCCAGAUAUUGUUCCAACAACACCCUUCAGUAUGAUAAAGAUCCCAGUUCUGACUUUCUUAAUCCAAAAAUACAAAGUCUUCUGAAAUCGUUGACAAGAGUUCGUUUGGACAAAGUUUUUAGAAAACGUUCUGUUACAGAUAAUACAGUUGAAUACAAAUUUCUAACAACAGAACAGCUUGAAGAUGAAUUCAAAAGAAUCAUUGCAGAAUCGGAAAGUAAUCUUCAAAUGCCGCCAGUUGUCAUGGUGAAACAAGAUCAACAAAAGAUCAUCUCCCAAGAUCCCGCAUUGAAGAACUUUGCUGAUUCUAAAUUUGUCAUUACCGACAUUACCUUUGGCAUCAAACAAAACCAACGAAAAGUGAUUGUUCGGCAAAUCGAUGGAACUCUUGAAUACGCUCCAAUAGAAACCACCAAGCGUAUGAUCCAAACCUACUUCCCUCUUCCUGGUCGUAAAAUUCGCACACCCCGAAUGUUUGAAGAAAAGAAUCUUCAAAAAUGCCUCGAUGAAUUCAAAUACGAAUUUGUAUUAGAUCGAUUAUGCAUUCAAUACGAACCAUUCGAAAAAGAGUUCCAUUCUGUUUCGGCCAAAGUCUAUUCCCACAUCAACGAACAUAAAAAGUUCGACGAUCUUCGAUCGACUCGUCACUUUGGGCCGAUGGCAUUCUUCUUGGCAUGGCACAAGCAAAUCGAUGAUCUUCUCUAUGAUGUCAUCAAGAGAGAUUACCUGCGCAAUGGAGUUGAAUUGAUUACAAUUCUUUAUCAAAUCCAUAAAAUACCAUUCGAUGAGAGUGUAAUAAAGAAGCUGGAAAGUAUUCCACAGUCAUCUGAUAUUUUGGGUGAAUUGAAAAAGUCUUAUCAAGGAACUUCGGAUGAUAUUCAUGAGGAAAUCAAGUCAGCCAUUGGAAAGUCACGAGAAGAUUUUGAAGCUGAUGAUAUUUGCUUGGGAUUUAUUGAGAACUUUGUUAAGCAACAUGCUUUGAAGAAAGUGCAAUUGGAAAUGGCCAUUCAGACUUUCAAAGAGGAUAAUGACGAGAAGAAGAAGUUGUACGAAGGUCUGCGGAAGGCACAUGGAGUUAGCACUUAAGAUGUUGUUGUAGUAAAAUAUAUUGGAAGCUUUUAUUGUUUUUUUUUU